GAGGAAGAAUAAUUAAACAUGGGCAAAGAAGAUCCUAAGAAGCCAAGAGGCAAAAUCUCAUCAUAUGCAUUAUUUGUGCAAACUUGCCAGGAGGAGCACAAAAAGAAGCACCCGGAUGCUUCAGUCAACUUCUCAGAGUUUUCUAAGAAGUGCUCAGAGAGGUGCAAGACCAUGUCUGCUAAAGAGAAAGGAAAAUUUGAAGACAUGGCAAAGGCAGACAAGGCCCGUUAUAAAAGAGAAAUGAAAACUUAUAUCCCUCCUAAAGGGGAAACAAAAAAGAAGUUCAAGGAUCCCAAUGCACCCAAGAGGCCUCCUUCGGCCUUUUUCUUGGUUUGUUCUGAGUAUUGUCCAAAAAUCAAAGGCAAACAUCCUGGCCUGUCCAUUGGUGAUAUGGCAAAGAAACUGGGAGAGAUGUGGAAUAACACUGCUGCGGAUGAUAAGCAGCCUUAUGAGAAGAAGGCUGCUAAGCUGAAGGAAAAGUAUGAAAAGGAUAUUGCUGCAUACCGAGCUAAAGAGAAGCCUGAUGCAGCAAAAAAGGGAGUUGUCAAGGCUGAAAAAAGCAAGAAAAAGAAGGAAGAUGAGGAAGAUGAAGAGGAUGAGGAGGAGGAAGAAGAUGAAGAGGAUGAGGAGGAAAAAGAAGAUGAUGAAUAA